GGAAGGCGGAGCACGGCUGACUGGGCGGGAUCGGGCGGACCGCACACACACACACAAGCGCCAGGUGUAGCCGGAGACUGUGGAGAACGCGGAACCGCAGCAUUACCGGCUAACGGGCGGCAUCUCACCGGAGCAGCCUAUUAACCCGAAAGACGCCGGGACUGGCGCUAACAUGGAGGCGGUGGCGGAGCUGACAAACAGGAAAAUGUGAUAGAGAGGGAAGGGGAGUAGCCGGAGAAGAGAGGAAGGAAGGGGCGGGAAGAGGAGCUGCUGGCAGCGGUUGUCACUUCCAGUGCAGCACAGGCAGGAGACAAGGAUCCUCGUACACAAGCGCCCGGGCUGGCACCUCUGCCCACCCCCUGGGUGCUGCACCGUGGGAUCUAUACAUGACUGGCACCGGAUUACCACCUCCCCGUCUCCUCUCCCGCUGCUGAGAGCUCGUCUCGUCUGGAGAACACUCUAACCAUCAGGACAGACCCCCCUAGCCGCCCCUCCUCUCCACACCGAGCACCUGCAGCCCACCCCGGGGCCGCGACCCUCCAGUGUGCCCAUCAGCCUCCGACCAGGGAGAGAAGAAGGGAGGAGGAGAGGAAAGGUGGGGGGUGAGAGGAGAGAGGGAUCUGGAGGAGGAGGAGGAGGAGGUGGUGGAGGAGAAGGUGGUGGUGGUGGAGGAAGCAGAGGCAGAGCAGGGAAGCGGGGACCAUGUGGAAAUUCAAGGAAUUCAGGAAGGUGCUGGACGGUCUGACGGCCGCGUCCUCCUCCACUGCAUCGUCUGCUUCAUCCCAGCCCGGGACCCGGGAGGCGGACAUCCCGGAGACGCUCCAGUCCGAGCACUUCCAGCUCUGCAAGACGGUUCGCCAUGGAUUUCCCUUUGAGCCGUCCUCGAUGGCAUUUGAUCCUGUUCAGAAGAUUCUUGCAAUCGGCACAAAUCAUGGAGCUCUAAGGCUGUUUGGUCGGCCAGGAGUUGAGUGCUAUUGCCAGCAUGACAGUGGUUCUUCGGUAAUCCAGCUUCAGUUCCUGAUUAAUGAGGGAGCGCUUGUGAGUGCCUUGACGGAUGACACCUUACAUCUUUGGAAUCUGCGACAGAAGAGACCUGCCAUACUGCAUUCACUGAAAUUCAGCAAAGAACGGAUAACAUUUUGCCACCUGCCUUUCCAAAGCAAAUGGCUCUACGUGGGUACCGAAAGAGGAAAUAUUCACAUUGUCAACGUGGAGAUGUUCACGCUCUCAGGCUACGUCAUCAUGUGGAAUAAAGCCAUUGAACUGUCAUCCAAAUCACAUCCAGGGCCAGUUGUCCACAUCAGUGAUAAUCCAAUGGAUGAAGGAAAGCUGCUAAUCGGUUAUGAGUCUGGUACAGUGGUAUUAUGGGACCUCAAGUCGAAGAGAGCGGACUACAGAUAUACCUACGAUGAGGCGAUCCAUUCUGUUGCUUGGCACCAUGAAGGAAAGCAGUUCAUCUGCAGCCAUUCAGAUGGUACUCUGACCAUAUGGAAUGUACGCUCUCCUGCCAAGCCCAUACAGACAAUCGUACCACAUGGUAAGCAAAUAAAGGAUGGAAAGAAACCAGAACCGUGCAAGCCUAUCUUGAAAGUGGAGUACAAAACAACAAGAAAUGGGGAGCCUUUUAUUAUCCUAUCAGGUGGUCUGGCUUAUGACACAGCUGGAAGAAGACCUUGCUUAACAGUCAUGCAUGGGAAAAGCACAGCAGUCCUAGAAAUGGAUUAUCAAAUUGUGGAUUUUCUUACCCUUUGUGAAACUCCUUAUCCAAACGAUUUCCAGGAGCCCUAUGCUGUUGUUGUACUUUUAGAACAAGAUUUAGUAGUCAUAGAUCUUGCACAAAAUGGAUAUCCUAUAUUUGAAAAUCCUUAUCCUCUGAGCAUACACGAGUCUCCUGUCACUUGCUGUGAGUAUUUUGCAGACUGCCCUGAGGACCUCAUCCCUGCACUUUAUUUUGUCGGAAACAGGCAAAAGCGUCAAGGUUACAGUAAAAAGGAGUGGCCAGUCAGUGGUGGUAACUGGGGUGUUGGCACUCAAAGUUACCCAGAGAUAAUAAUCACAGGUCAUGCGGAUGGAUCAAUAAAAUUUUGGGAUGCUUCAGCAAUAACAUUGCAAAUGUUGUAUAAACUCAAGACAGCAAAAGUAUUUGAGAAAUCUCGAAAUAAAGAAGAUAAACCUAGCACGGACAUUGUAGAUGAAGACCCAUAUGCCAUCCAGAUGAUCUCCUGGUGCCCAGAGAGCAGGAUACUAUGUGUGGCGGGUGUCUCAGCCCAUGUCAUCAUUUAUAGGUUCAGCAAACAGGAAGUCACCACAGAUGUCAUCCCGAUGCUAGAAGUAAGGUUGCUCUAUGAAAUCAAUGAUCUAGAGUCCCCAGACAUUGAACAAGUGCCAACUCCUAGUGGAGGACCUAACUCCCAACCCAUUGUUCUUCAAUCUCACCCAUCCACAAGCAGCAGUUCAUCUGAUGGGAUUCGGGACAAUGUACCCUGUUUAAGGGUGAAGAGCACCCCUUUAAAGCAGUCUCCCGGCUACCAAAUAGAGCUUGUCAUACAACUUGUGUGGGUCAGCGGAGAACCUCCACAGCAAAUAACCAGCCUAGCUGUCAAUUCUUCAUAUGGCUUAGUAGUAUUCGGAAAUUGUAAUGGUAUUGCAAUGGUCGACUUCAUCCAGAAAACAGUGCUUUUAAACCUUGGUACAAUUGAAUUAUAUGGCUCAAAUGACCCAUACCAGAGGCAACCACGUUCUCCGCGCAAAACAAGGCAACCGUCAGGAGCUGGUCUUUGUGACAUUAAUGAGAGUCCUACACCCUCAGAGGACCGUUGCAAAUCCCCCACCUCAGGUUGUGACUCUCCCACAUCUUCUGAUGAUGAACAGGCAAUGAAAUUAUUUAUAGAAAAGGUGAAGAGCAAGGGCAGAAAGUUUUCCAGGGCGGUAGCCACUGAUAUAGCAAAAAUGUCAAGGAAAUUAAGCCUACCUACAGAGUUAAAGCCUGAACUAGAUGUCAGAGACAACUCUUUCAGCCGCUCUCGAAGUUCCAGUGUGACCAGUAUAGACAAGGAGUCACGGGAAGCAAUAUCAGCCCUUCAUUUUUGUGAGACAUUCACAAGAAAACCUGACACAUCAACAGCACCUUGUUUAUGGGUUGGAACCACGUUAGGGACUGUGUUAGUUAUUGUAUUAAACUUGCCACCAGGAAGAGACCAGAGACUUCUUCAGCCUGUUAUUGUAUCUCCAAGUGGAACAAUACUGAGGCUAAAAGGUGCAAUCUUAAGGAUGGCAUUUCUGGACUCACUAGGAGCUAUAAUCCCACCAGCAUUUGAAGCCUGGAGGGAACCCAAUGCACCUGAAGAUAAAGAUGACAAGGAGCGGUUGAAAAAAAGGAGGCCAGUUUCAGUCUCACCGUCUUCGUCUCAGGAAAUCAGUGAAAACCAAUAUGCAGUAAUAUGUUCAGAGAAACAGGCGAAGGUGAUCUCACUGCCCUCCCAGAACUGCAUUUAUAAACACAACAUUACAGAGACUUCUUUCGUUCUCCGUGGGGAUAUAGUGUCAAUGAGUAAUAGUACCUGCCUUGCAUGUUUCUGUGCCAAUGGACACAUUAUGACAUUUAGUUUGCCAAGUUUAAGGCCGCUGUUGGAUGUAAAUUACUUGCCGCUAACCAACAUGCGGAUAGCCCGAACAUUCUGCUUCACGAACAAUGGGCAGGCUUUGUAUCUCGUUUCACCUACAGAAAUACAAAGAAUUACCUACAGUCAAGAAACAUGUGAGAACCUACAGGAAAUGUUAGGAGAGAUGUUCACUCCAGUUGAAACACCUGAAGCUCCUAAUAGAGGUUUCUUCAAAGGCUUGUUUGGAGGAGGAGCACAGUCAUUGGACAGGGAAGACCUCUUUGGAGAAACGUCUGGGAGACCACGACCAACUGUUGUUACGCACAUUCCUGGACCUGGGGGUAUGGAAGGAGUGAAAGGAGCUGCAACGGGUGUUGGUGCUGAACUAACACGAGCCAGAUGGGCACUGGAUGAGAGGGGACAGAAAUUAGGGGAAUUAGAAGAUAGGACAGCUGCCAUGCUUACUAGUGCGGACUCAUUCUCAAAACAUGCUCAUGAGAUGAUGUUAAAAUACAAAGAGAAGAAGUGGUAUCAGUUCUGAUGAGCCAGACCCAAAUACAUCUAUUUUAUCUUCGCUGGGAUGGAAGAUUUUAAACAAACAUGCAUCCAUUUUCUCGCCAUUUCUUUCUGCAGGACAGUUGGGAACAAGGGUUGAACAUUCAUUUUUGGUUACUGUUUCCUAGCACAAAUCAUAUACUGUCUUACCUCAGUGUCUUGGUUUGAACUGAGGAGCAUUACAUCCGAGAAAAUAGAAAGAAACUCUACAUUUGUCUCUAAGCCAUGGUUUGGUGACAAAGUGCAAGAGAUAAAGGAGCAAAGUGGUGAUGUGAAGGCACAAGAAUGAGCAGUGGAAAAUGUUUUGGUUUGUUUCAUUUCUUUAAUAUUUUUGUAAUAUUUUUUUUUCUUUUAGUCUUUGACGGGUGUUUCACUUCUCUGAAAAGAGAAGUUAAGUUAUGUUGGAACAAUUAGCUUUUUAACCUUUGUUGCUUCACCACAAAUAUCACUGGCUCUUUCAACAGGGGAUGGGACACAAAACAGUUCUAAGACUUGGCUUACUGCACAAGUGAGGUGAUCACAAAGCAUUCAUCUUUAGACAGCGCAGAGAUCUCCAUGGAGAAGAUUCAUCAUCCAUGCAUUACAUAGUUACCAUUCUAAUCAGGCUGGACAUAGGAUUGGUAAACUCUUCUAUGGAUCCUUUUGGAUGUUUCACCUGAUGAGUUUUUUAUUUUAUUUUUUUCUGUGUUACUGCAAUUUGUUUGCCUAGAAAAAAUGGGCCACUGCCUAAGUCACUUGAUGAUCCAUUACCCACCCAAGAAUUUCUCUGGUUGUUAUACCAAAUAAUUCUGUUGUUUCUCAGUUCAUUGGGGGUGGGCAUGCUGCAGCUAAGACUAGAUUGUGGAGAUAUCUCCAGCCAUUCUGUGUUUACUGUUUAAGAUAUAACUUUUCUUUGAAAGAAACUGCUAAAUUACAAGUUGAAUUUUUGGACCAGUUUUGUACAUGUUGAGCAUCCUUAUUUUAGUGGAUUUUAGGAACAUGGCAAAUUCAGCUGAAGCAUUACUGUAACUUUGUCAAACAUGGCUAGCAUACAUUUACUGUGCAAGAAAAGAAAUAAGUGGAUGGUUAAAGAACAUGUCACAGAUUAUUAUUGUAUCUGUGUAUUCUCAAGUUAGUUAUUUGAGCUAUGCCAAAGUGUGUCUUGUAAAAGACUAUGACUCCCUUGCUAAAAUGGCUCAGCUGAUAUUUUGGUGGGAAUUGCACCAUAAACUAUAAGAUUGGGUUACGUUAUAUUUGGACAUAUAGCACUGUUUUAUUAAGGAGCGACAGGUAAAAUUUUCCCGUUAGCCUAUUAAAUAUAUCCUCUCUCGCCUAGCAGUAAUAUGCUUAUUUGAUCCAGUGUUAAGAUAUGAAAUUAUAUGAAAAGCUAAAAUGUCUGCAUUUUAGCAGCUACUUGAAAACAAAGUGCAUCUAUUAUCUUAUUGUGCACUGAGGGGGUAUUGUGGGGUGUUUAUGACAUGACAGGAGCCACAUACCAAAUGGUUGGUGAGAUGUCUUAUUUGUGUCCUUUCCCAACUAUUUACCUUACCCAUUGGCUGAGGAACACCAUUCAUUUAUUCAUGCAGUGAAACCUCUUUGAGAAGACCACCCAAAAUUGCAUUUUAAAGGUGGUCUUCUAUGGCCACUAUGUAUAAUUUAUGGCGGACUGAAAAUCCAUCACAUGAAAUCUGGUCUGGAUAACGGGUGGUCUUCUCUAAGAGGUGGUCUUUUGGUGAUGUUUCACUGUAGUUCAUUUCUUUUAAGUGCCUAUAAUAGUAACUAGGAAAUGAGGAGACAUUUCUGUUACAGCAGCAUUGUACAUUUGUAGUUGCAUGUUCAAUUCCAGUAUUAUCACGUUUUGGCGCAUGCAGUUCUAAAGAUAUAUUUUUCUAUUUAUUUUAACCUUUAAAGUGGUGAUUGACCACAAAUGUCUCUGGCAUGAAGCAGUCAUGUAAUGACUUACGUCUCAUGAUUGUGAUGUCAUUUCUGUACUUUCAAUAUUAUAAGUAGACACUCCAAUUUAAUUGAUAAGGGAAAGCACUGCAGAUAGGCACUGAGUUGAUUUUAUAAGAAACCUUAAAAAAAAACCUGACAUAUAUGUAUGGCCACAAGAGCAGUGCAAUAUGUAUUAAUAUAAGAAAAUAGAGGAAAAGUGAUGAAUUUAGUUUUAUUUAUCAGAUGUUUGUUGUUAUAAAUUUAUGGUGUUUUUCUUGUUAUUAUGCAGAAUUUAUGCAUUUGUGUAUAUUUUUUCUUUGAGACUCUGAAGACAAAUAUUUUGCUACUAAGCACAUUUCCAAAUCCCAAAAGCUAUCAAACUUGACUAUAUAGUAUUUAUUGUCAAAAUAUGCACAGAAAUUUCCAGAUUGGAUUCAUGGAAAUAUUUUUUUUUUCCAAAUUAUCAUAAUUUAAGGAUUAGCUCCAUAGAUCUCUAUUUAUAAUAGUUUAAAUUUUAAUUCCAUAUCACAUAUCAAUAACUUGUACUUGUGAACAGGAUUUGACACCUGAAGCUUAUUUCUGACUCAAAAAUUCACUGGUGGCCUUUAGAACUACGUAUAGAUGUGGUAGAAACGUUCCUCUCAUUUUGUCUACUGAGGAAAAAAUUUAGCUCUUCCCAAUGUUCCCGACUCCUAGGACGUUUUUAGGUCUUGUUCUGGACAGCUUAUUUCAUACCCGUUUCUGUUAUCUGCACACAUAACAAAAAAUACUGUUAAAAAAAGAUUAAAACAUUCAUAUUGUGCAAUGUAUUUUAGAGUAAUUCGGUCUUAGAUUGCAAAGAAAAAAUUAUUUCUUUAACAAACAUUUAGUUUGCCAUUCUUUUUUUUUUUUUUUUCAAGUUUCAUGUAAAGCUGUUAUAAAUAAAAUUAAAUAUAUGCUCCAGUAUUACUUGCAGGUUUUACAUUCAUAUGUUUAUGCCUGUAAUCAUUUUACUACAACAAACAUCCCUGAAUUUUGUCAUACAUGACCUUGAACAUUACCUAUGUUAGCAGCCAUUUUGUUAAGUCAAUAGUUUUGAGAAUCCCUUUUUAAUUUCGAAGGAGACAGUAAAGUUACAAAAUGUACUGGCUGCUUGUGAGUAUUCUAAGUGCCUCUACUAUAUCACUUGUCAAAGUAAAAUAAUAGGUUUAUUAUGAAUAUUAGAUUCAUCCCUAAAUUAGAUGCUGCCAUCCUGUCUAAAGCUGGUCAUUAUGCAUUGGAUUUCUAUCUGUCAAACUCAUCAAUUUCAGAAGGAUUGGACCACCAAUCUCUCCUACGAUGCGAGAUGUCAGAAGAGAGAAGGAUCAGACAGUUGGAUUUCAACAUGCCAGAUUCUUCAGGUUAAAUGCAUACUAGACAGAUUUGCAGAAAUCUUUAGAAGAAACUGCUGUUAAGAUAAGAUUUCAUAAAUCUUUUUUACUUUGCUGGUACCAUAAUCUGCUGCAGAUUUGUCACACAAAUGUGGAAAACCUGCAGUCUGGUGUGCGUUGACCUCAGAGGAAAUUAGAUGCUACCAGAGCUGUCUGUCUUUGGCUUAUACGUGACUAAACCAAGCCUGCAUGUGUGUGGAAGGUCAGAAGAGAUGAACAUUUGACUACUGCAGGCUGACGUGUAUGGCAAACCUAAAUCACAGUUGCAUUUUUCAUUAGUUUAUAUUACAUGGUCUCUACUUACGGUUUUAGAAUUAUGCUCAUAGAUAUGGUGACUGACAUUCAGGAGAGGGAAGAAAGUAUAAAAUUAAAAAAAAAUAAGUUAGAUAUGGAAGUCAGCUCUGUUUUAGUGUUUGUGAAAAAAAAAGUUUUCACUGUGACACAGUAAUAAAUGUUUAGGGACACCUUUUCAGAAAGAAACAACCCCUGUGUUGUAGUUAAUUGAAAUAACUGCAACUUUUAAAUGUAAACUGACAGGCAAUACACUGGGGUUAUAGUGUGGGUGAACAGUAGUACAACAACGUCUCACAGAAAUUGGUCCAGGAGGUGCGGAGUUAUGGCCCCCUUUUUCUGUAUUUCUGCAACUCUUCAGUGCUCAAUGGAGACGGGGAGCCAGCUUGCCAAGCAUCCCUUCCUCCGCUUUAUGCUGCGCUAUGUCCACACUUUUUAUGAAUAUUCAAUAUUCUUCACUCUCAUAACCUAUUGAUGUGAGAGCCUGUGGUUAUGUAAGCGCUCAGCUAAUGUAGCAGAGCGCAGGUGCUGCUCUUCCGGCUGUAGCAAGAGCAGAGUGCUCACAUGAAGGCAGGCUCUCACGUCAAUAGGACAUGAUAGUGAAGAAACUAUUCAUGCCAAAGGUGGGCAUAGCACAGCACAGCAAGGAGGCAGGGAUGCUUGCCUGCCGCCUCCCAGCCUCUAUUGCGCAUAGGAGAGCUGCGGCCAUACAGCAACGUGGACCGUAUCUCUUCACCUAAUGGACCACUUUUUGUGAGACAUUGUUUUACUUUUUUCCACCCACACUAUAAACCAUCCUGUCAUGUCCCUUUUUAUAUUUCAAUUGCAGGUGUGUGGUAUCAAGUUAUACCCAGGCUCUAAUUACAGAUUUAUUAUUUAAAGUAGUAUCAGUAUUCUAAUUGAACAUUUGCUCUGGCCAGUUGAUGCUACAUUUUGCUUGUUUUCAAAUGUUCAUAAGUGACCAGUGUAAGUCAAAAAGAAAAAAAAGUCUUCAUGUAAAGGAACCUUUAAGGAGUUGUCUUGGGGGGGGGGGGGGGGGAAAUUAUCUGGCUGAUAGUAAAAAUAAUAAACAAGCUAUAAUCACCUGUCCCGCUUCCCCAACACUCAAAUUCCAAGGCUCCCAUCCUCUCGACCUCUCAGCUCACUGCCCCUCUCAGUCAAUCUGUGGCUGUGCCUGUUUUGCUUGUGCGCUUCUCUCCUGAUUUGUUCAAGUGAUCGUUCUGGAUCUGAACACACAGUCCCCAACUGACUAAAAACUUUUGCAAAUGUCCAAGCUAAAAGUCCAAACUUACUUGUUUAUUAAUACUUUUUUUUUUUUUUUUUUGACCGGUACACUUUUAGGGUAGGGUUACACCUGCCAUAUUUUGCUGCGUUUUUGUUGCUGUAUAUUUUCCUACCCAUUGAAGUUAAUGGGUAGUAAAAAUAUGUAGCUGCUGACGGCACGUGACCCUGCCCUUACACUUUGUUUGCUCAAGUACAGUAAAGUGAUAGCAGUAUAAUUGAAUGUAUAGGCAGUAUAUGUCUUGGGAUGUUACUAGCAAUACAAAAUUCAGAAAUUUCCCACUAUAUAUUUAAAUAGAUACCUGUUUUGAUAUAGAGUACAGAUGUCUUUAUUUUUUGCAGAAUCAUCUUUUAACCUGAGAAUCACUGUGUCACUAGCUUUGUUUGUCUCGAUAUCAUAUAAUAGUUAUAGUCAACUUUAAUUCUCAAAUUAUCAGCAUGUUUUCCUAUCUGUUUGUGCCAUUAAGACUAUAGUGUGAAAUAAACAAGAUACACCAUGUUUGGGUAAACCAGAUCCUAAAAAGAUUAAAUAAAUAUGGAAGGAUUUAAUGUUUAUAUCUAGGUUCGUGUACAGAUUGGACUGCAUUUCUGUGCAUUACAUAGGCAACCUAUAGAUUUUAAUUAAAGGACAACUGUAGGGCAAGACUUAUAUAUAUUCCUGUGCCCGGGCCUCAAAAAUAAACAAAAUUAACUUUAACAUACCUUCCUACGUGCCACCGUUGGUCCGACACAGGCCUCACGGUCCAGCUGUGCUAACCUCAUUCAACUUCCUGGGGACAGGAGCUCUGGCCAGCUUCUUACAUGACAGUGGGCUCGCUAAGGCCCAUAUUUUGAUAUCUGUCUGAGAUUAAAAUGUCAGACAAAUAGUGACCAAUCACAUCUCAAUCUUUCACAAAAAUCAGACACAUUUUUAUCUCAAACAGAUUGAUAAACCUGGGCCUAAAUGUUCAGGCCUUCUAGAAUCAGCCCUGUACCAUCUUGACUAAAGGCUUUAAAUUGUGCUCAAACCUCAGGUGUCAAUGAUGCACUCCUUCUCUUCCACUGCCCUGCCCUAGCACUGAGCCAUGCACAUCAGUCAUUCAAGGCAGGGAGGGAUGGGUGAAAAAGGAUGCAUGCAUCAUGGAGCUCUGCACAGCCUUCUUGACACUUGAGCUUUAAGCAUGAUCUAGAACUGACAGAUACCCUUUAAAAACAGAAAAGUGUUUUACAUAUAGCAUUCACAAUACUUCCAAUUAUAUCUGCUGCGACCAAGUAACUAGUCUGACCAAUUAAAACUGCUCUAUAGAAUAUCUGACAAUUCUUUGUGAAAACUCAUAAGGAAGCAACAUGCAUAGGAGAGCAAUGUGCUUCCUGUUUUAAAUGAUAUUGUUUUAUUGUAUGUCAAACUUUUUAGCAUAUGCUUUUCCAAGUACUAUUUAAGUGUUUGAUUGUAAUGGAAGAUGUUCUUUAAUGUGUAUAGCAGCUAUUUUUUGUUUCAGUGAUGUGGCUAAGCCCUAGAAAAUGGGUUACUCGCUUAGAGUUCUUAAUCCUAAUCUACAAUAGAAUACUUUAAAUGAUCACCGUUUCUUCUUUUGAUAGACUCUCAUGGAAUCACGUAGACUAUGUGAUAACAUAUUUGUGAAUCACUCUGUUUACCAAAAAAUUUCCCUGUGCGCCAGGAAAAAAAAUCCUUAAGGUCCUGGCCACUAGAUCUGUCCCUUUCCUAUAAUUUUUGGUUCACUACCUGUCGCUAUGCUAAUUCUGUCUAUAGUAACAUAGAGACCAGGACAGAACACAUGAAAUGGGGGUGGGGCUUAGCUUGUGUUAUGUACAGGAGAUAGAAGCAGUGAACCUGUAUUCUGUAAGCCUGUCUGCCUUCUCUAGAGGAUCCACACUUUGAAUGAAAGGUAAAUCAAGGCUUCCCUUUUAGCUUGUCAGAAGCAGUAACAGUAUUUCAGUUAUUAAACUAACCCCUUCUUGCUGUCUUUAUUUUCUUUCUGCUCACAUUUCCUUUUCAAAGCCAGUGCAUCAGUAACCUCUUCUUCCUCUACAUGCAGUCUAUAAAAGUGUACUAUAAAUCAUCCCCCAGCACAAAGCCAGUCUGUUCAGUCCAGUGCACUUUCACUAGCACUAUAUCAUGGCAUAGCACUGAGGAUUUGGUGCUGCGCUGUGAUUUGCCAGGUUGUUAAAAAUCUUUUUAAGCAAAAUUAAUAAAUUAAUCCAUAUCAAAAAAUGUAACACUUUGCAUAUUUAUAUACUAUUGGUGUUCUUUUGUGCACAGCCUGCACUAAAAUGGGAACAUACUGAUUUUUACCAGUGUAGCAAAAUUUUUCAACUUUUGUAAAUGACCAUUUAGAACUUAUGCACAUGUGCAUCAUAAUAUAAAAUAUGAUAAACACAUUAAAUUUCAUGCAUUAAAUGUUUUCAUGUUUGAUACAUGAUACCUUUGUGUGUGUUAAAUAGUGAAAUACUGUUCCAAAAGUCACAGAAUUGCAUCCUUGAACUGCAUGGUAACAAAGUGCAAAACAUUCCUUUUUUUCUAUUUUUACGCAGGUUACUCAGUGCUAGUCAGUGUUAGAAACACACCAUGAGAUAAGUGGUUAUGAUGCCUUUGUAUAUCAACCCUGUAAAAAUUCUAUUAUAUUUUUUUUAUAUAAUCAUAAAAAUAGAUUACUAUAAGUAUUUAUUCAUAGGUUCCAGAAUUAAGCAUUUUGCUGGAUUGACCUUUAAGGGUCAGUUAACAGUGAGGAUUAUGCAUCUCUAAACAUGGCAACAUGAUGAAUACUACCUCAGCUUGGCCCCAUUGUAUGACCUCCUGUUCAUCCAUACAUUGGCUAUACAAACAUAACUUGGAAUUGAAGCAUCAGCAACACUUUUACAACCCCCUUUAAAUUAAUUUAAACAUAUUUUUCUAAGUUAAUUAUAAUAGUAACAUUACCAGCAGAUGCCUUAUGUUAUAUUUUAUAAUUAUAUUUAAAAUAUAGAUUUAUAUUUUCGUUGUGUAAUAAGGUAGAUUUUGUUUUAAUGUAUAGUAUCUGUAUUAACAAUUAUUUAAAUGGAAUUUGUGCCAAAACAUUUUAAUUUGCUUUGUCACUAUGAACAUGUGGAUGAGUUGUAACGGUGGAUAGCCUGGUGGCAUGAGAUACUCAGUAGAGUGCCCAUUCGAAAAAUGACUAUAACUAACAAACUAUUAAGAGCAUCAGAAGGCAAAUGCUCACUCUCUGUCCAUUAUGUAUAAUUUUUCGUAAUCCUAAUGUAUGUACAAUUUGUAGAAGAGAAAUCUAAAUCUACAUAACCUUGGCAUGCCUGUGGAGUAUGUAAGAAGGCCAUUUCUUGUGCAUGAGCACCAGAUUAGUAACACUUUGUGUGCCAGAUUAAAAACCUCAUUGGCACUAAACCAAACUUUUAAAUUGUACAUAAUAUCCUUAUAACAUUUCUAUUUGAUAUUCCAGUUGUAUUCCAUGUGACAUUAAAACCCAUGUGGAAGUAUAUUUUAAGUUAAGACUCAAGUUCAUUAAAUAGUCUAAAAGAUCAGUUGUUUCAAUAAAUAUCUUGAAAGCUGCUAACAAAACAGCAUGAGAAGUAUAUUUUUGUUUAUACACAGGUAUACAAGAUAGCUCAAGAUUACAAAUAGGCAAGCUGAAUCUAGGCCUAAAAAGUUUAUAUAUAAAGUGCAAAGAUUUAAGUAUAAAAGCCACCAUAUUUUAAAGGUUAAAGUUAUUUAGAGAAAACAAUACUAAGUUGUAUAUAGAUUCUGGGCUAAAGUCUUUAAAAAAAAAUGUUUAUUGUCUAUUAACGUCUAUUCUGUUUAUCGUCUGUGUAAAAAAAAAAAUGUGUAGAAUAGAAAUUAGAUAAAUUAUAGAAAAUACAACUAGGAAUGUUUUAAAGUUUUGUAAUUUAAGUACGUAGAUAAAAAAAAAAGCCAUUGUGUACCACAAAACUGUGCAGCGUAUAUUGGAUCAGGUGAAAUCUAUCAGAACUGAAAACGGUCUUGGACCCUGACCACAAAUCAAGAAAUGGCCCUCUAAUAAAUUGGUGAGGUGCUAUAAAGAAAAAGAAAGGAAUGUACCCAAUCAUGUGUAGUGUGGACAAUAUGAAGUAGGGUGCCAAUGUCUGCUUAACAGAAUUACUGUGAAUACAGGGGUUGCAGUCUGUAGGAACGUUAUAUAAUCUACCAAACUUUAUUUAGAUUAGUCUAAUAAAUUGGACAAAUUCUAGCCAAUCUUAAAGGGGAACACCGAUACUUUUGUGCUAAUCCCCUAUUCCCAGGAUAGGGUAAAAGUGUAUGAUUUCCUGCCCGGCCCCCUGGUUAUGAAGCACUGUCUAUGGGAGAGCCAGAGAUACACGAGCGCUGUACAAAAAAUCUUCAGAACAUCGGGGCACCAGGCAGGAGAUCACGAUCAUACACUUGUCCCGUAUCCUGUGGAUAGGGGAUAAGAACAAAAGUACAGGAGUUCCUCUUUAAUCCAAAUUUGGCAAACAGGUCUUGUUAAAACGUAACUUUGCUAUUCACACCAACUUGAAGUCAGGCACAUAGAUUUGUUUCUGUGUCUGUUUAGAGGAAUACUUGCAAUUAAACAAGCAGUGCCAUGUGGAGAAUGUUUUUUAAAGUAGAUUUAUUUAACAAAUGCACUAAUAGAAAUUUCAUUUUAGAGACGAUCUGACCGUGUAAAAAAAAAGCAUAUUGCUAAGGGGAGAAUAUUGGUAUGUUUAGUAUUUAAUAAAAUAAAUAUCAGAGUUAUUUAUUUGAAAGAUAUCUAAAUUUUAAUGAUAUACAGUAUCGAAAAAUAAAGGAAUAUUGGCUCAAAAUGUAAGAGAAAAUGCACUUUUUAAUGUAUAGUUAUAGAAUGUUGUCAUUUUUUACUUUAUUUUUUUACUUUUUUGUGAUUUCUCCUUGAUGAUGAAUUUUAACUCUUUAGCUUAUUUAACGUUUAUUUUCGAGAUUUCUCUUUUACCCAUUUUGUAAGCUGAAACUAUCUUAUUUACUGUUUAAUAUAAAGUACUAUAGAAGCCCUUUAGAAGCAUUGAUUACAGUUUAGAGCCUGUGCCCAUAGUUAUGAUCUAUUCAAUCAGUUGAGUUAUUCAAUUAUCUUUACUAGUAGGCAUAAUGUUUAAUCAUUCAUUUUACAGUUCCUCUUUACAUUUAGUUGUAUUUAUUUUACUAUACAACAUACAUUAAAUGUUAUAUUAAAAAAACUUUACAGAAGAAAA